CCCACUCCACUGCAUCCUCUACUCAGUGAGCGCACCAGGGCCAUGCAGUGAGGAGUCCCAGCUGUGACCAUCCAUUCCCCAGAGCAGCCUGCGGACAGCUCCCUCCCCCACUGCCAGCCAGGACUGAACCCGCGCAGUGAAGAACAGAGCAGCAAACCCCAACUCAAGAUGCAGAGGUGGACUAGUCUCCUGUUUCUCUCUUUGAUCUUUUGCGCCACCCUCUCAGAGACAUUUGGACUCGUUUUAUCAGCAAAAGAAAAGAGGGGCUGGACUUUGAAUAGUGCUGGUUACCUACUUGGGCCACGUCGUAUUGAUCAGCUUUUACUGAUAAAGGAAAUGCCCAUUGCAAGGGGGAGAGAAGAGGCACCUGGGGAAUAUGCAGUAGAUAAUCACAGAUCUCUUAUUGACAAACAUGGCCUAGCUGGUAAACGUGAGAUACAGCCUGAAGAGGAUAUAAAAAUAGGUAAUCUUGGGAGACCAGUGGUUGACGACAAUGUUGUACGCACAGUAAUUGAAUUUUUGACUUACUUGCAUCUUAAAGAGGCUGGGGCACUAGAUAAUCUACUUUCAUCAGAAGAAACAAAUCAGUCCUGAAAAAUAAUGUAUUUAUACUUCAUUGUACUGUAAAUGAAGACUAAACUCUAAACAGAGCUUUAAAUGAACAGAAGAUGGUGAUUAUUGUUUACAUUACCCUUAUACAGAGUUACACAUGGUAAACUACUUUCUGCCCUUUUUGUUUUUUUUUCUGUGAUGUUACAGUGUAAGAUUUUUGCCUUGAUUAAAAAAAAAUUUCUUUAAGUGGUAAAAUAAAAAAAGAGCAGCUGUA